CGAGUGCCGCUCUGAUUGGUCCGUGUCAGUUUGGAGUGAUCAUCUGUUCGUGAUUGUGACGGCAGUUGUCUGAAAUGUUUUACAUUCGCUCCCAAACUCCAAUAAAUGUUCUGUUUGCUACUUUAUCCACCUGUACAUAAUCAUAUGAGGAGCUGGAGUUUGGGACACAUAUGGCUGUGUAUGAUGAGAAUAUCCUGAAAAACCCUUUUUACCAGGCUCUGGAGAAACACAGACCGGACCUGUGCAGCCGGGUGGCAGAGCUCCAUGGCAUUAUCCUGGUACCGUGUUGUGGAAGUUUACCAACGGGCUCUUUUACUGCAGCUCAGUUUGACGGAUACGUUCUUCAACCUUCCGAGCAGGGUUACCAGACUGUAGAUGGAAAGGAAGUGUCUAUAAACAAUAACCGGGUCCACCUGAGUGCAGGGUUGCCCAAUCCUAUCUCUGUCCCCAUCCUGUUUGAGGAGACCUUCUACAAUGAGAAAGAGCAGGCCUACAGUAUACUGUGCAUCGCACGGCCCUUCGAAUCUGACCACAUUCCUGCUGAGGAGUUGGGUUCUGUUCCUGCUCCGUACUGUCUGAAAAAUAUUGAGGAUGUGAGGGAGUUUUUGGGCCGCCAUGCUGAAAAACUGGACAAGUUUGUUUCCUCCUUCUGUCUCUCCUUUAAAGAACAGGAGAGGAAAGGCCUACGCCAUCACAUAGACUCGGUGAAUACGCUUUACACCAGAUGUCUUCAGUGUCUGCUGAGAGACUCUCGUCUGAAGCUUUUGGCGAGACAGGAGAUUCAGAUGACUCUACUCAAAGAAGCAGUAGAGAUGUACAUCCAUCAUGGCAUCCAUGAUCUACUCUUUAGUUAUGUGGGCACUCUUGAAGCUAGUCGGGAUGCAGCGUUCAACAAAACAACACGGUCCUUGCAGGAUCUGCAGCAGAAAGAGCUGGGAGUGAAGUCCGAGUUCAGUAUUAAUAUUCCUCGGGCGAAGCGUGAGCUGAUUCAGCUGAACGUCUGCACGUCUCCACAGCAGAAACUCCUCUGCAUCCGGAAAGUCAUUUUAACCAUCAUGCAGUCGACCAGACGCAGAGAUACAGCGGUGAGCAUCGAGUCCAUGUGUGCCGAUGAUCUGCUGUUGGUCAUUCUGUAUCUGCUCAUCAAGACAGAAAUUCCCAACUGGAUGGCCAAUCUGAGUUAUAUAAAGCACUUCCGCUUUCGGAGCUCCAGCAAGGAUGAGUUGAGUUACUGUCUGACGUCUUUCGAGGCCGCGGUCGAGUAUAUCAGCCUGGGAAACCUCAAACACAACACCGAUGGGUCAGGAAACAGACUGUCCUUCAGGCAGAAGGUGGACCUACUGUCCCAGAAUGCAACACCCAUUGACCGGCUGUUUGAGCAUAUUGUGAGCGGAAAUGAGCAGGAGGUUCAGCGUUUGCUCAGUGAAAGCGAGAGUGAGGAGGACGGCAGGAAGUUGUGUCACCCUCUGUGUUCCUGUGACGCCUGCGACCUGCGCAUCUCUGGGAGAUUGAAUGAUCCUUCCAUCGUCACUCCAUUCUCUCGAGACGACAGAGGAUACACUCCUUUACAUGUUGCUGCUAUUUGUGGUCAGUCUCAGAUGAUUGAUUUACUGGUGUCAAAGGGAGCAGUGGUAAACGCUACCGAUUACCAUGCACUCACACCGCUGCACCUCUCCUGCCAGAAGGGCUACCAGGGCGUCACGCUUCUCCUGCUGCAUUAUAAGGCCAACACUGAUGCUCAGGACAACAAUGGAAACACUCCUCUACAUCUGGCCUGCAUGUACGGACAUGAAGACUGUGUGAAGGCGCUGGUGUACUUCGAUCUGCACUGCUGUCGGCUGAACGUUCAGAACGAUAAAGGAGACUCGCCGCUGCACAUCGCCGCUCGCUGGGGAUACGAGGGCAUCAUGGAGGUGCUGCUGGAGAACGGAGCGUCCACGCUCAUCCACAAUAAAGCCAAGGAGACGCCGCUGCACUGCGCGCUCAACUCCAAGAUUCUGUCAUUGUUGGAGCGCAGACACAACGACUCCAGUAUAAGGGAAAGUGGAUUCGAGUCUCCGAGCCGCUCUCCUCCUCCGUCAGACGGCAGCAGCAGACGCUCCUCCAUCUCCAGCUCAUCCUCUCUGAGUAUUGAAACCUCUCCGCUGGAGUCUGACCGCAGCCGGCACAGAGAGGUGGAGAAGCUGUUGAGAGCCGUGGCUGACGGAGAUGUGGAGAUGGUGCGUUAUCUCCUGGAGUGGCUCGAUGAGGAUCCAGAUGAAGAGGAGUCUGCAGUGCCAGUCAAGACGGAGCUCUGCCAUCCGCUGUGCCAGUGUGCCAACUGCGAACCCACACAGAAGAAGGCAGCUCAUCUUCAUCCAGACAGUGUGGGUGUAAACAGCAGCAGUGUUGACGGCUUCACGCCGCUGCAUGUGGCGGCGCUGCAUGGACACACACCUCUCAUCUCUCUGUUCACACGCCACGGCGCAAACCUGAACGCUCGCAACAACCACAGCGCCACCCCACUGCACCUGGCCUGCCAGAACAACCACACAGAGGUGGUCUGUGCUCUCCUGGAGUGUAAUGCCAAACUCAAUAAGAAGGAUCAUUAUGGGAACACACCGCUCAUUCAGGCCUGUCUGAAGGGGAAUCUGGAGAUCGCCGGCGUCCUGCUGGAGAGCGGUGCGCUGGUAAAUCUGGCCAAUAACCACGGGAACACGGGUCUGCAUGAGGCUGUGAGAGGAGCAAACGUGUCGCUGGUGGAGCUGCUGCUGCACAGAGGAGCUUCAGUUCACAUCCGCAACAACAGACAGAGAACAUCGCUGGACUGCGCACACGAGGCCGCCGCCAAGAACUCAGAGAUUUUGAGACUCCUUCAGAAAGCAUAUGAUGAAGCCCAGACGCAAAGGGCCAGAGCACCAGAGGGCAUCAUGGCAAGAGUUAAACAGAGUCCUAACAAUGGUGGACAGGAUUUUGAGCACCACAAACAGAGGAGUCUGAAGAGAACAGACAGAGCGGCAGCUACAACAGCAGCAGCACAACAG